AUGUCAGUACCCUUAAAAAAAGAAAAUGUGCCUGAACCAAUCGCCUAUAGUGAAGCAGCUCUUAGAAAUAAUGCCAAUGUUUUAGAAUAUUGUAGGACUUCCAUGUCUGCAUUAUCUGGAUCAACUGCAGGUGUCCUGGGGCUUACUGCAUUAAAUGGUUUCGCUUUCUACAUGUUCUCGGUGGUAAUAUUAUGGGUAAUGUUUAUGAUUAAAGCUGGGCCAAAUUGGCAGAAGUAUUAUGUAUCCAGGCAGAGCCUACUCACUCACGGUUUCCUCGGUGGACUCUGCACAUAUGUUCUCUUCUGGACCUUUAUAUAUGGAAUGGUUCAUGUGUAUUAA